GUUUUAUAAUCUAAAUAUCAAUAUUUACACUCCACAAUUUGAUUUCCUAUUAAUUUCUGCCAUCCAUUCCUCAAAUAUAAAUUGCUCGAUAAAUGAAAAAAAACAAAUUCUCUUCAAUUUAAACAAAAACUCAAAUCUUCAUGAAAUUUCCAUAAUCAGUUUAUUAUCAUCCAACUGUCAAUUCUCAUUUCAAAUUACCGGUUUACAAAACGUCAAAAAAUGGUCUUAUCAUCUUGAAAAUGUUAUUGUUAAUAACCAAUAUCGAAAAAAUAUCCCAUUUAAAAUCCAUCAUUAUUCUAGACAUUUGACUCGAGCUGAAAGAAAUCUCAACUUAACUGAUAUAAAUCCAAAUUACGACGAUAUCUUUUCAAAAGAAAUGUCUAAAAAUAAUAUUAGAAAUUUAGAUUUUAUAGUUAAAUCAAACAUCGAUUUGGUUAACGUGUUACUCAAUUCUUACGAUAUUAAAAAUAUUUCAAUAUUUAAAGAAUUACAUUUUGAGCAUGAUCUCCCUUUUUUUUACCUUCUAAUCGCAAAUGAUAAAGGUAUCUAUUUUUUCAAAAUAGAUAAAGACUCAUGGAUAAAUUCAAGUUUAGAUUUGACGAAAGACUUAUGCUUAAAUUCAAGUUUAAAUUUAACUAAAAAUUUAAGUUUUUUUAAAAUUGGCUCCUUUAAUAAAGUAGAAUCUAAAUCAAAAUUCUCUAUUCACCAGGCUGAAUAUAUUAAAGAUUUUUGUACUUUUGUUGUUAAAACAAAGAAUUCCACUUUAUUCCUAUUGAAAAUAACUGAUAUAAUGAACGAUAUUUUUAAAAGGGAACACCUUCUUGAAACAUUACAAUACACCAAAUUAAUUUCAAGUAAUGUUCUUGAUUUUAAAAUCGUUGAAUGCGACAGCCAUAUAUUUUUAAGCUAUUUAGUAGUUAAUAAUGACAAGGUGAUUUUAAAAAUUUCUCAAUUCACUACCCUCAAAAUUAUAGAACAUUUUACUAAAAAUAUUGCAACCUUCACAGAAAAUCUGAAAUUUAUUUUGGGCGAUGAAAUUGGCACAUUUAUUGAGGACAGUGAUUCGAAAAAUACUAAGAUUAAUUUUCUUAAUUUAGGAAACGCAAAUCAUAAAGCAAUUUUAUCAGAAUUUAAGUUAAAACUCAGCAAAUUUACUAAGGAAUUUGCUUAUAAUACUAAUCUUCAAGGAAUUUAUCUAAAAACAAAAAUCCAAAAACAACUGAAUUCAUUGUAUUCUAGAAAUUUGAUUGGAAUAGUUAAUGCUAAUGAAGACCAUCAAGAUUAUUUAUUAAUUUAUGAUGAUUUUGUGAUCCACUAUAUUUUAGAUAUGAGAAGCACGCAAACUUAUCAGUUUUCAAUAACUUGUACUGAAUUUAGAUUUAUUGAUAACAAAUAUUUAGUUUUACUAUCAAAUUCAACGAAUUCGCCAAAAAAGAUUGAAAUUUUACAAAUUGAAAUAAAUAAAAAUCAAUUUUUUAAAAUUGGAUACGACCAAGUUUUUGGAUGUGGAAACUCUUGGGUUAAAUUUGUUGAUAGUGGAUCUAGUUAUUGUCUGAUAAAUUUUUCAGAUAAACAAAAUAAUCAGUUUGUUGUUUCACUUAGUAGAUUUACAUGAAAGCACGUUAGUUUAUCACAAUAUGUUGAUAUAUAUAAUGAUAAUUAAUUAGUAUUAAAUACAUCAAUAUAUAAAUAUAUAAAUGAAUGAUUAAGUAUUUAAAUGGUAAACCAAUAAAAAUGAUGAGUGGGUAUAACCAAACAAGC